AUGACAUCACUGCCGCACCUGGGCAGCAGCACUCGGCAGAUACAUACAGCGGGUUGUAUCAUAAUAGGCGAUGAAGUACUAGGUGGUAAGACAGUUGAUACCAAUUCGGCGUACUUGGCAAAGUAUUGCUUCCAGCUCGGUAUUGGACUCAAGCGCAUUGAGGUCAUUGCCGAUGAUGAGGACGAGAUCAUUGAGACAGUGAGGCGCAUGUCGAAGAAUUACGACUUCGUAGUUACGUCUGGAGGUAUAGGUCCUACGCACGAUGAUAUAACAUACCAGAGUAUAGCGAAGGCUUUCAAUCUGCCUCUGAAGCUGCACGAAGCUGCAUUUCAAAAGAUGAAGAAAUUGAGCAAGCCACAUAGAUCACAACCCAAUUUCACAUGGGACGAGCCCAGUCCUGCUUUGACCGCUAAACUGCGAAUGGUCGAACUGCCUUACGAUGAAACAAGGCCGGACGAAGAGCAAGUCAUUUUUGUGAAAGAUGACCUAUGGGUCCCCGUUGCUUGUGUUAAUGGCAACGUCCAUAUACUCCCGGGCAUUCCCCGUCUAUUUGAGGCCUUGUUGGAAGGUAUACGUCCCCUUAUCACGCCAAGAGUCGUGGAUCCUGAAAAAGGUAACUAUCGAAUCCUAAUCAGUACGCCAUUAGCAGAAAGUGCUGUGGCAGGCUAUCUGACUGAACUCUCGAAGAAAGUAGCAGAUCGGAACGUGAAGGUUGGCAGUUACCCCAGGUUUGGAAAGAGUAGGAACGUGGUUACACUAGUUGGCACGGAUCGGGAAUACAUGGAUGGGCUAGUCGGUGAAGUGGAAACAGGUGUGCAAGGUAAAAGGGUAAUGGUAGAGGGUGAAGACGACACUGACGACGAGGAAAACCCAAAGAAAGACCCUGACGCAUAG